AUGUUAGUGUUUGGUUGUAAACGAGUCAAAGCAACAAGUUCUUCGGCGGCCUUUUCGAUGCUUAAUCAGUGCACAGAGAAUUUUCAGACAUAUGUUCAUCACUUAUCCCAGCUAAGCCGGUUAGCAUUGUUCUCGCCGGUUUAAAUCUACGGUUCAACUCGCGUUUUGACACCUUCAAUUUCUUAUAAAUCUUUCCUUAUAUAAAUGUAACGUUUUAAAUCAGCCAGCGUGUAAUUAUAUGCAAGUUUUUAAAAAGAAGCUCACUGAACACUCCAGAUAUAAAAUUAGUUAAUAAUGGAAGUACUGAUAAUAUUAAUGAGAAUGAUAUUAACAGUUCUUAAAUAAACUCUUUAACUCCAAGGUUGAAAUUUUUAAUUCUCUUAGCUAUCAACUGUACAAUUCUUAUGAUAUUCGUUCAGAAUAUUUAGCAUUAGAUCAACUAAUUAUCCCCGAAUUGUUAUUUUUCUUUAUUCUCACCACUUAUCUGGUUGAUAUUGUAUUGAUAUUGUGAGGAGAAAUUCUGUCUUGGUCACUCAUCGGGGUUUAAGGAUUAAAAUAAAAACUGAAAAAAAAUUAUAUCACCUUUUUUUAUAGGUGCUGAGCUUGAGGUUACAGUAAAACUUCACGAGAGGUACUUGCUGGCGUGCAGUGCAGUCAGCGAUCCAGAAAGUGUUAAACAUAUCGGUUGGUACCGCUGCUCUAAAAUUGAUUGUGAACAACACUGGGACGAGUUCCUGAUAGCGCAUGUUCAAAAUAUGACAGAGACAAUUCCCAAUAACCCAAAUUUUGAGGUUUACACCAACGGCACCUUAGUUAUCAAGAAGGUACUACCUGUGGAUGAUGGAAAAAUAUUUAUCUGCGUUGCCGAAGAGAGGCACAUAGGGAGAAAAAGGUCUACGACGAUCCUCCAUAUAGAGAAAGGUGAUGUUUAUAUAAGUGUUAUAUAAUGAUGAUAAUAGUAACAAUAAUGAUAAUAGUAUUCUUAAAAACAACAAUGGGAAUUAAGCAGUGGACAAUCCUAGUGGUGACUUUUAUUGGUCACGGUUUCCAGUUCUAAAUGACAUUUGGAAUGUUGAUGACAAGGGGGUAAGGAUAAUUGGAGAAUCCUGAGAAAAAAUACGGAACAAGGACGAGAAACAACAGAAACCCUCUCGUGACGUCAGAGGUCCAUUUAUUGAGGGUCCCGGUAGCUUGAGGUGCCCGUAAAAUGUGCUAUUUGAAACAGGUUUACAAUAAGACUGUCAGCUAUAGAAAAAAAUUGGACUGGUGAGUGUACUAGAAUAUGCUUCUCCGUCCUUUAAAUUUUGAUUUUAAAACAUGGCUUUUGGCUAUUAAAGUUUCCGGGACUUUCGAGAAACGGGCGCCACUUCGCCAUCCCCACUCCUCAUUUUCGUUUAUUUAAUCUUAUCACUUCGGAUGCUGUUUCUUUGCAUCUUUGAUUUUCUUUUCUGUCGCUAGAGGAAUACGAAAUUCCUUACAGUAGUUAGAUAAUUUUGAUUUUCUUUAGAGCCCCCACAAUUUAUACCAGAGAGUCCUCGGGAGCCCCGUGUGAUGAAAGGAAUGGAUCUUCAUUUGGCUACUCGAGUUCAGGGGUAUCCUUACCUCUGGUUAGCUUGGAGCCAAUAUGAGGUUCUCCUUCACAAUACAAAGACCAUCCUGGGAGAUCCAGGGCUGUGAGUCGAUUUCAAGCCAGGGGCUCUUCCAUCUUGACUUGAAAUCGACUCACAUCUCCCGGGUCUCUGAGGAUGACUGAAAACAUACGAGUGAUCGAAAAAAUUGGACGACCAUAAGAAAGAUUUAAGACAGAAACUAGCCACCGGUUCUACGUCUUCAAUAAAAAUGCACGACAACAGCAAAUGCACGUGACGCGUUUUGUCCAAAGUCCAGUUCUUAGUACUGCUAAAAUCGGGCUGACGAGAAACAGUCGCGUUGGAGAAUUCUCUCAUAAUUCUAAUUGCAAUGAUGACAAUGUGAUUAUUAUAAAGGUAAAGAAAGUAAUAAUGAUAAUUAUCAUAAUAAUUAUUUAAUAAUACUGAUAAUGACAGUAAUAUCUAAAUCUAGCGCUUAAAAUCGGUCAGCGCGUAAUUAUAUGCAAGUUUUUAAAAAGAAGCUCACCGAACACUCCCGAUAAAAAAAUGGGAGAAAAAGACAAGUACUGAUAAUGAUUUUAAGAAUGAUAUUAACAGUUAUGAUAUUAAAAUAGAAAAUGAAAAAAUUAUAUUACCUUUUAUUUGAUAGGUGCUGAGCUUCACGUUACAGUAAAGCUUCACGAGAGACACUUGCUAGCGUGCUCUUCAUUCAGAAAUCCAGAAAAUGUUAAACAUAUCGGUUGGUACCGCUGCUCUAGCCAUGAUUGCGAACAUGACUGGGACAGGUUCCUAAUAGCGCAUGUUCAAAAUAUGACAGAGACAAUUCCCAAUGACCCAAAUUUUGAGGUUUACACCAACGGCACCUUAGUUAUCAAGAAGGUACUACCUGUGGAUGAUGGAAAAAUGUUUAUCUGCGUUGCCGAAGAGAGGCACAUAGGGAGAAAAAGGUCUACGACGAUCCUCCAUGUAGACGAAGGUGAUGUUUAUACAAGUGUUAUAUAAUGAUGAUAAUAGUAGUAAUAAUGAUAAUAGUAUUCAUAAUAAUAACAAUGGGAAUUUAACAGUGAAUAAUCCUAGUGGUGACUUUUAUUGGUCACGGUUUCCAGUGCAACAGGACAUUUGGGUUUUUUUUUGUUUUCAUCUAAACCUACUGCUGUUUCAGAGAAAAGCCACACACUUACUCAGACGAUUCCAAUUUUUUCCUCUGUAUCUAGGCCAGCCGGUGAGGACAACUACAGGAUUAGGUAGGUUCUCCCGCUCUUUAACCUUUUCAGAUGACCCAAAUGUUAUGACCGGGAACUACCUUGGCAUAUAAUACAAGUUUUUUUUUACCUCUUUAAGAUAUGGAGAGCUAGGCAAAGUAUAGAAGUUAUUCACUUUGCCGCUCUGUUUCUACUCUUAGAUAUCCAAACUCCAUCAUCUUCACCAAUAUCAGGUGAGUACAAUGUGUUCUUUUUCAGUUUUGGAGAAAAUUUUAACUGACUUUGUCCAAACUUUCAUUGGGACUGCAUUGACUUUUAUCAAUCCUAUCUUUCACAAUUAAGUAGCUAUUUACUACGCUGCUCUGUUUCUAGCCUUAGAUAUCCAAACUCCAUCAUCUUCGCUAACAUCAGGUAAAUACAAUGUGUUCUUUUUCAAUUCUCCAAAUUUCAGUUUGGAGAAACGUUUAAUUGAGUAUGUCCAAACUUUUCAUGGACUGCAUUGAUUUUUAUCAAUACUUUCUUCCACAAUUAAGAAGUUAUUUACUUUUCCACUCUGUUUCUACCCUUAGAUAUCCAAACUCCAUCAUCUCCACCAACAUCAGGUAAGUAUAAUGUGUUCUUUUUCAAUUCUCUCAGUGUCAGUUUUGGAGAAAAUUUUAACUGAGUGUGUCCAAACUUUUAUAAGACUGCAUUGAAUUUCAUCAAUCCCUUUUUUACAGUUACGAAGUUAUUUACUUUGCCACUCUAUUACUACCUUUAGAUAUCCCAAAUCUAUCAUCUUCACUAACACCAGGUGAGUACAGUAUGUUUUUUUUUUCAAUUUUCUCAAUGUCAGUUUUAGAGCAAAUUUUAACUGUGUCUAAAAUUACAUAGGAUUGCAUUGAAAUAUCUAUUACUGGUAUUCGUUUAUCAUCGAACUCAACUCUAGCAUGUCUCAAAGCCUCACUCGUGGAAUUGAAUGUGACCUGAUUCCCACCGCUUCUCUCUUCACUUCCCUCCAUUUCAGUACACCUCCUCAUCCAUAUUCCUACUUACAUCUUAUCCCUCUAAUGAAAAAAAAAAAUUAUAGUCGAUCCUGUGUCGAGCGGUCACCCACGGGGAAUGGCAGCGUGACCGCUUGAUACAGGUGAACCGCUAUGCAGGUUCCACAGAAUAGGGUAUUAUGAAAAACGAUGAAAAGAUGCCAUUGUAUGCCACGAUUGACCACUUUAUGCACAGAAACUACCUCAUAAAUAUAAUUGGUUUUAUCUGGGUGAUUCCACUUUAAGUUACCGUUCAAUACAGGUGGAAGACAAUACAAAAAGGUCUUUGGGACACAGUUAAGAAUAGCCACGACUGCUUAAUAGAGCUGAACGCUCUGUAGAGGUGAAAAUUACAGUAAUGAAGGGGUAACGAUUUCGGGACUUUGACAACUUACCGCUUUAUGGGUGAUAAGGAGAAUGAAGCCCAGUUUAAAGAGAGAUUGGGUCUGAAAAAUAUUUGACGCUAAAUAAAUGAAGAAAUGGAGAAAUAGAACCUGUGAUAAGCGGUCACCCACAGGGAAUGGUAAUGUGACCGCUGCAUACGGGUUCCACAGAAUAAGAUAAUAUAUAGAUUUAGUUAAGCCUAAAGGCGGAGCUCUUGUUAGUUUAUUUUCCAGCCCUUCAUUAUACUGAAUAAAAACUUAAUAAAAGUCUUCAGCACUGGCGGGGGAAGAUUUUCCUCAAGGGAACCAGUUCAGGGGUGGGGAGGUGGAAGAAUUGACAAAGUAUGGAACCUAGGGACGAUGUUCUCACAACUUACAAUGCGAUCAUCAUGCAUGGUAGUCAGCAGUAUCUUCAAACAGCUUAGCACCUUCGUCGUAGUUCCUAAUGUUUUGAGCAAAUUUUCGGAGACAGGGAAUGUUUUCUUUUUCAGAUGAAGUGUAUGAUGUCAGCAUCAGUUAAAAUGAUAUUCUGCUGCGCGUAACUUCUGAUUUCGGUUUGAGAAAUUGCGCCCAAAUUGAAAGAAACGACGGUAAACUACUUUGCGUUAAGACAUCACUCAGUCUGGUCGAUUGAAGUGUAUACACUUGAGCACAGUGAGACAUUAAAACAAUACGCCAGAAUCGUAGGAGCUUCUCUUAUAUCUUCUCUUGAAGUUGCCCACUGUUUUUCCUUAACGUUUCAACCUUCUCUGUUUAGCGUAGAAAAUUAAGAGUAAAGUAAUUUCCAACUCGUGCUUGGACCUUUAAUAUUUUUUCAACUUUUUCGCUUUCGGUUAUUCUUGUUCUUUCGGUUAUUCUUGUUCAUGGUUGUCCUCUGGCUGGAAAUACACGACGUCUUUUUGAGAUUUUUUUCUGUUAUUUAAUUCGAUAACCUCUGCUGUAACACCACAGAAUGUGGGUCUCUCUAAGAAAACUUGAGAUAAUACCAGGAUUUCAUUUUUACAUCACAGAAAUCAAUUCCGAAUAUCAAUCAAGUUUUCUCUUUAGUUCAAAAGCUGAAUUGGUGUUUUUAUUGGCUAUAUUAAGUAUGUUGAAAAGUUUUAGAAUGUUUUUUCUCAUGUUUGCAAAUAAUUGAAUUUACUAGAAGGUAGAGUUGUUGCAACAUAUUGACAUGAAACGCAACAAUAAAUUUUAUUGAUGUGUAAAAAGUUUUCACUCGACUAUCUACCGGCAAGUCUUUGAGUUAUACAUUUUCCACAACUUAAAAACACUGUUACAAAGUAAUUAUUUAGGGAAAUGGAAAACUUUUGGCGUAUACACCAUGUGGGAAAUACCAUGUCCAUUAUAAGCUGUCAGGAUUGAGGAGGGCGUAUGUGGAAAUAGGUUCUCUUGUCUGUUUCAUUGAUUUGCUAAUCGUUCCUGUUGGCAAUGUUUUGAUGAAGUUGGGUUGUCAGGGCAAAAAAACGGAGGAUUUAAGUAGGCAGUGACUUUUUUCAAACUUGGAAACUAUCACCGUGAAAGCCAUACUUGUGCCUGGUAACUCAUUCUUACUCUGGUAAACUAGUUUUAAGAAGGAUACAAUUUUUAUUUCAUAAAUUUGAUGCAUAGGCUGUGCAAAAAACUUAAAUUUGAUUAAACUUUUAGAGCUAAUACCAGUCCCUUCACAUCAUGAAAUGUUAGGAGGAUCAGAGGAAAAUAUAACGUGCCAUACAUCUGAAAAAUUUCAUGAAAUUGUUUUAAUUACAUGAACAUUAACUGAUAUUAGGAGAUCUAACAAUAUUCAAAGAAAAUAAAAUUUGGUUGAAAAAUUAGAAUUCAGUAUAGGCCGGAUAAACAAGAUUCUUAAAAAAAAAGAAAUGUGUAUUAAUGAAAAAGUUAAGCAAACUUUUUAAAAACAUUUACCUGUACCUGUAAGGCACGUAGUAAAGUCUUCUGAAGUAGUCAUAAUCCCGAUUUCAUAUGUUGAAAACACAUGCACAUGCAGAUUUCCUAAAAACCUGGAAAUUUAGCCUGUGAUGAAUUCGAAAUUUUGAUGUGUUCCUCAAAAGGAGAACAAAUACAUUUGAAGUUCCUAUUUAUCCAGUAUAGGUUAGUGGGCUAAAUUGAGUCAAACAUUGAGGUUAUACAGCGACAGGUUCAAGAAAUUUCCACAACUAAUUUUUAAAGCUAGACCACCAGGAACAAUCACCUUCACGCACAAAUUAGACCAGUUUGUACUGAUGAUGCUCAAAAGAACUAUCUGUGGUAGGGGGGAAGGCUUUCCUUUCUUUAUUUAAAGAAAUACUGGGGUUAUCAUCUUUCCACAAGCUCAGUGGAAAGUGAGAGUGAAUGAGACUGAUAGCAACUAUGUUAUUUGAAUAAAUAUCCAGAGGAGGAUAGAAAGUAAGAUAUGGUGUGCACAACUCUCUUAUUUUAAUUUUUUAAUUAAUUAAAGGCAGUUAUAUCAUUGCUUUGUGCAUUACGUGGACGCCAAUUAAUUUAACUUUCAUGCGUCAAAAUACGAAAAAUAUUCUCUUAUCUAUGUGCCCUAAACAUUUUAGAGCAGGAGGCAGGCCAAAGUAAAAACAUGAGUUGAAAUGGCAGGGCCUCAUUAAUUGCAGUCCCGAUUGAAGGAAGAUUCUUUUUUUUCCAGAUUCCCACAUAUCUUGUGACCAAUUCCUUAUAUCGAUGUUUAGUCAUUCUAAAUAUCACAAAUCAAUCGUGCCACCACUUCAGUGUGAUUGAUUUGAUGAUGUCUACUUUUUCUUAUGGAAAUUUAUUUUUAGUAUCUAUCUUUUGGCAGCUGACAUCUGAGAAGAUCAAGCCCACACUAGCAAUUUGACACAUUGCAGGCAAACCCUCUUACUAAUUAAAUUUUAUUUGAUCGAAAACAUGAGGGGCAAUACAGGAAAUUAGCUAGCACACUUCAAGUUUCCCUUCUUAAGUAUUCCGUGAUGUUUUUUCUUUCAUAUGGUAAGGUUUACAGUUUCCCUCAUUUCACUGUCUUCUGUUCAUUUUUUGUUUGCUUUCCUGACAAGUUUAGCUAUUGUUGCCAACAAAUGCGCGGAGCAUAUAAAAUGUGUACAGUUAUUAACACUUUAAUCUCUGAGAGUGACUAGCAUCUAAUUUCUCCUCUCAAUAUCACCCUUGAAUCAAACAUUAAGGUCAUGAGAAUAAAGGAAAUGAUUAUCAACUGAAGAACCCCUGAUUGUCAAACAAAUUCUUUUUUCCAGCACACUGGGAAAUGUAUAGAGAACGGUAUGGAGAAUAUGCAUAUUGAUGUUAGGAUGUAAAGGGUUAAAGACCUCAUGUAAUCAGUUGUAUAUAUGUAGGGUAUUGCUUGAAUAUAUGAUUCCGAUAAGCGCAAUUGCCUAGUAAAGAUCAUUCCAUGGUCUUCUACUCUUCCACCUCGGAGGGUGCCUUGUGUACAUAAAAAUUAAAGUUCAGUGCCUUCAGUAGCUUUUCGGGCUACAAAAAUCAACAAAGAACAACAGCCACACCUAAAACUCUUUUUAAAGACACCUUUACAAUAGUGGGUACACACAACUGACAUGUAUAAGUGAAGCAUGUCAAGCACUAAGGUAUGAUUGUCAUUUUGCUUUUAUUACUUGCAAACAGCUUAUUUCUAUGAGCUUUGAAAACUUCUGAAUCCCCGCUUUCAAAGAAAGCAUUUCCCAUGAAAAUUUAAACAUUGUAGGCAUAAGCUACCAGCAACAGCUUUUUCCAUUAAAAGUGUUUCACAACAUCAGAUUCUCGUCACAUUUUUUUGUUACGUUUGAAAGCAUCGCGUUGCUCUUAGCUAUAUAUUCGCCUUUUUACUUUAUGCCCUUCCUUGUUCUCUUUCGCGUUCCUCUCGCCGUAUUCUGCCCAUUUUGGCGUCCGUACUCAAUUUCUUGCACGAUUUUCUCGACUCGCUUUACGCCGUUUACUUGUCGGUUUCUUUGGUCGCUCUGUCUUUCUAUCCAGGAACUUGAAUUAUAACAAUUUUCUCCCGUUGACUAAGCUUUAGUUCUGCCGAUAUUGUUGCCUUGCGAGAUGAUUAGAAAUUGUUAAAUACUAAGCAUGACUGUUCAUCUACAAUCUCACCAGUUUGAUUUCCCACUCAAAGCGCGGGUGGCGAAUUAUUUGCUUACGCGGUAUCACAUCUACUAGCCCAAGUGAAGCCCUCGUGUGAUACCUAACCGUGUGCCCGCAUUACGCUGCACUAAAGCUCGACGGUAUCCAGUCACCUCGCCACCAAGCAGACUCGCCACCAGCGAACUCGCCACCAAGGAACGAUCUCGCCACCAACGUACUCGCCACCAAGCGAAGUCUUCUCGCCACCAACCACCAAUAAAGAGAUUAGUCGAGGACAUUAGGAUGUUCGGCUGAUAAGUCUGUACUCAAACUUUAUAAACGUAUGUUGUCAAAAGCACGUUCGCAUUUAGUUUUAAUACAACUGCUAUCGAGUUUCAUUUCAUCACUUAUUUCUUCCCAUGAAGUUUCAUUUUCUCUCAAGUAAGUUUUUAUUCCUCGCAUCGAGUUCUGCAAUUUCUCCUCGCUUACGUGCAAAAGACAAACACGAUACGUUUCGAUGUCAAUGAGUUAGGAACGCAACACAUCUAACACGUCGCUGAAGGUCAUAAUUUAAAUACAGACAAGCGCACAAACGUAUCGGCCGAUUUGAAUUGUGCUCGUUCGAACAUCCUACUCUCCUCGACUACUUUAUUCUAGUUUAUCUCUUUAUUGGUGGUUGGUGGCGAGAAGACUUCGCUUGGUGGCGAGUACGUUGGUGGCGAGAUCGUUCCUUGGUGGCGAGUUCGCUGGUGGCGAGUCUGCUUGGUGGCGAGGCGACCGGUAACCAGCUCGACACUCGAGUAUGCGCACCUCAUUGUCAUCUGCCGGUAUCUCCUGGCGCACACUAAUGGGGUAUCCGAGGUACGCAAGCAAUCACCGCUGCGCAGUACCUUCUUCAUCGCCCUUCCAUUGCGUAAUGGCCGAGAUAGUUCCCGCGGUACAGUUGGCCUACAAUUUCGUAAAAUUAUGGGGCUACGCUGCGCGCGCUGCGGGCUCCGCUAUUACGAAAAACGGUUAAAAAACAUGCCAUUUUACGACAUGAUUGCCCACUUUAUGUGCAAAAACCACCUCAUAAAUACAAUUGCUUUCAUUUGGAUGGUUCCACAUUAAGUGACCGUUCAUUACAGGUGGAAGACAAUUCAAAAAGGCCGCGGUUGGGACUAAGUUAGAAAAUAACCACUACCGCUUAAUAGAACGCUAAGUAGAGUUGAAAACUACAGUAAUAUACGGGUAACAGUUUCCGAAUUUUGACAAAUUACCGCUUAAAACCGGGUGAUAAGGAGAAUGAGGCCCAGUCUAAAGAGAGACUGGGUCUGAAAAAUCUUUGACGCUAAAUAAAUGACGAAACGAAGAAAUACAAGAUUGAAAUUGACGAUGAAUGCUAAGACUUUAAUCCGUCAUGAACUAUUUACUUGACUGCUAUUAACUUAAGAAUUUCAAUUUUCCAUACUAAAGGUUUUAUAUUUUACAACCAUGUGUUUUUGUUCUGUCUUGUAGGGAGCUCAACUCUCCCUGGAGGGGUUAUUGCUGCAAUAGUCAUCUGUUGUUUAAUAGCCAUAGGAGUCAUUGGCCUUCUCAUAAAAAAGUGUAUAUCAAAACGGAAGAAAAGACAGGCUGU